CGCCGAACGUCUUGAAAAGGUCCUUGUACAAUCAAAUAAUAAUUCAAAUAAAACAACAAUUCAAGCUACAUACGAGUCAGUAUGUCUUAUUAGUUUAUCACUAUUUCCAACAAAGAAUGAUAGGGCUAGAGAAGAAAGAAAUAGAUCUCGUAAUCCAAUUUUAAGGGGAAAAG